GGCCAUUAUUACAUUAGGUUGACAUAUGUGUAUAACUUAUUGGCCAUUAUUACAUCAGGGCUCUUACCCUAUAAAAUCUAUAAUGUAAUGCAAACAAAUCAAUAACAACACGCAGAGAAACAUCAAUAAAAGAUGGCGGUGACGUUGAAGGGCUACUACAUGGUGAAGCCAGCAGAGCCAACAUGGAAAGGCUUCCAAUCUCUUUCGGAAUGGGACCAAACUGGUGUCAUUACUCAUGUACCAACUAUUUACUUUUAUCGACCCUCCCAUGAAUGGACUACGCCAACCGAUAAGGUAUCUGCCACCCUUAAAGAAUCGUUGAGUAGGGCUCUUGUCCAUUUCUAUCCACUAGCUGGCCGGUUGCGGUGCCUCCCUGGAGGUCGUCUCGAGCUCAAUUGCAACGCUGAAGGGGUUCUGUUCACCGAAGCCGAGUCCGAUUCCCAACUCGAUGAGUUGGCUGAUUUCUUUCCUUCGUCGGACUAUUAUUAUCAUCUCACCCCAGCUGUAGACUAUACCCGCCCCAUUAAUGAACUGCCUUUUCUAUUAAUCCAGCUCACUAGAUUCUCUUGUGGCGGCAUUAGCCUCGGCUUGACCAUUUCACAUGCAGUUGUUGAUGGCCCAAGUGCGUUGCAUUUUUUUUCUGAGUGGGCUGGUCUUGCUAGAGGCGAGCAGUUAAAAACAACACCACUUCUUGAUCGGAAGUGUCUCAGAGCAGGAGAUCUCCCACUCCGGUCUCCAUGCUUGAGCCAUGUAGAACACGAUAGCCUACCAAUCUUGGUUGGGGAAUUGGACAGUAAGGAAGAGAGGGAAAAGGAAACCACUGUGGCCAUUCUAAGAAUCACCACAGAACAACUAAAAAAGCUGAAGAAGAUAGCAAACGAGGGUCGAGAUUGCAGCACUGCGCGACCCUAUAGUCGGUACGAGAUGUUGGCUGCACACGUUUGGAGAUGCGCAUGCAAGGCCCGGAAACAUAGUAAGGAACAGGAAACGGCUUUAGCCGUUUGUGUCGACGUUCGGAGCCGGAUAGAACCGCACAUACCAAGCUCCUACUUUGGCAACGCGUCGUUCGAUGUUAUGGCCAAGAGUUGUUCGGGAGAGUUGGUGUCCAAACCACUUGGUUUUGCAGCUAGCAGAAUAAGAGAAACCAUUGAAAACGUAACAAAUGAGAAUAUAUGGUCAAAUAUCGAGUAUCUUAAGAAUCAAAGGGACUUGACAAAGUUUCAAGAUCUUCAGUAUUCUACUUCUAACGAAGAGCCUUUCUUUGGGAACCCUAAUCUUAGCGUUGUGAGCUGGUUGAGGCUACCUUUGUACGGUCUUGAUUUUGGAUGGAAAAAGGAGCUGUAUAUGGCUCUUGGAACCCAUGGUUGUGAUGACUUCGAUGGAGAUGUGGUGCUUCUCUCGGAUCCUAGUAGCGGGGAUGAUGGGUCCUUAAUUGUGGCAAUGUCUUUGCAAGUGCAACAUAUGGAUUCCUUCAAGAAGCAUUUUUAUGGUGAUAUAUAGGGGAUUAGUUUUGAGUGUUAUAAUAUUGUAAGUUGACGAAUUUUCUCAUCUCUGGAGUUUUUUGAAUUGCCCGUUGCAUGUAUUCCCAUCAAUAUUAUUUACACUGUUUUAUUUUAUUUUAUUAUUAUUUAUCUAUUUCACUGAUCGUUAUGACAAUUCUGGCGUAUUUUAGAUGUGAAGGGCAUGUUUUGGAUGCAUGUAGUAUUAUAAUGAGAAGUUUUUAAUUGUGGUCC